AUGUAUUCAACCAUUCUUUCGCUCGCUGCAGCUUCAGCAGUCUUCGCCGCGCCUCAACAACGGGGAGGGGGAGCUUCACAUCAGCAACCUUGGGGACAUCCAGGUUGGACGAGCGGACAUCGUGGUUACAAUCAGUCUGGGGAAUCGCAGCAAGAAGCUCAGCAGCGAGCAGAUGCUGUCAAGGAAGCAUUCGAAUUCUCAUGGGCCGGUUACUCGAAAUACGCAUUCCCGAACGACGAACUGCUCCCGGUCAACAACUCUUUUAGCAACUCGAGAAAUGGCUGGGGUGCAUCUGCGGUCGAUGCCCUUUCCACAGCCAUCAUCAUGGGCGAAGAGCAGAUUGUGAACCAGAUACUGGACCAUGUGAUGACCAUCAACUGGGGCGUGAGUUACCAGAACGAGGUGGUUUCGCUAUUUGAGACCACCAUUCGGUAUCUUGGAGGUCUACUUUCGGGCUACGACCUUCUGCAAGGCCCAGCAAAGAGCAUGGUGCAAGAUGAAAGCAAAGUGACAACGCUUCUUUAUCAAGCUCAAAACCUUGCCAACAAUCUCAGUUUUGCGUUCAAUACGCCGACAGGAAUUCCCUACAACGGCAUUUACGUUGGUAACAGAAGCAACGAUGGAUCACAGACCAAUGGCCUCGCCACGAUCGGAACGCUGGUGCUGGAGUGGACCAGACUUAGUGAUUUGACUGGCAAUCCAGUGUACGGUCAACUGGCACAGAAAGGAGAAGAAUACCUCCUGAAUCCACGAAACCCAAGCUUGGGUGAACCCUUCCCUGGCCUCCUUGGUACAAACGUUGGAAUCGCCAAUGCAUCUUUCGUAGACGGCAGUGGUGGCUGGAAUGGUGGCGAUGACAGCUACUAUGAAUAUCUCAUCAAGAUGUUCGUGUACGAUGCCAACCGCUUUUCCUAUUACAAGGACCGCUGGGUAGCUGCAGCCGACAGCAGCAUCCAAUACCUCGCCUCGCACCCGUCUUCUCGACCAGAUUUGACAUACCUCGCGGAAUUCAUCGGCCGGCUGCCACAGAACACCAGCGAGCAUCUGGCGUGCUUCGAUGGCGGCAAUUUCAUUCUGGGAGGUCUCGUCCUGAACGAGAAAAAAUAUAUCGACUUCGGACUCCAGCUUGUGGACUCCUGCGAAAAUACCUACGCGCAAACAUUGACCAAGAUCGGGCCCGAACAGUUCUCGUGGAAUACUAGUUUGCUUGCCACGAACUAUACCAACCAGACCGACUUCUACAACCGUGCUGGAUUCUUCAUCCUCAGUGGCGACUACGUUCUGCGGCCAGAAGUGAUCGAGUCUUUCUACUACGCCUACCGUAUCACGGGAGACAGGAAGUACCAAGAUUUCGCAUGGAAUGCUUUUGUAGCGAUCAAUGCUACCUGUCGCGUUGGCUCUGGUUUUACUAGCAUCAAUGAUGUCAAUGCGCCUGGCGGCAGCGGCAAUCAGAACUUUCAAGAGUCAUUCUGGUUUGCAGAGGUGUUGAAAUAUUCGUACCUGAUCCAUUCGCCGGACCGAGAGUGGCAGGUGAAUUAUAAUGGGUCGAACCAAUUCGUGUUCAAUACGGAGGCGCAUCCUGUUCAGGUGAGUUCUUUCGAGCAUGCUUUUAUCGCUUGCGCUCGUGCUGACCUUUUGCUCACAGGUGUUUGGAAAUGCCAUAUGAUGAGGGUUAUUGUUGGUUCGGUAUGCAUUUACAAGACCUAG